UUGUCUGCAGUAGAGAACCCAUCAUGUGGCAUCAUUUAAAAACUGUAAAAAACCACUGCAAACAAAUCAUCCAAUUUUAUCCGGUAUUUGUAGGAUUGACUUCGUAUUGGCAUGACUAUCGCAAUGCAGAAUUUAAACGGAAUACCAUAUCGCGUCUACUCAUACUGGCAGUCAACAUUAUAGGAUUUUUGUGGAUAAUUAACCAUGAUACAAUGGCUUUAGUUACUAUUAUUAAAUACGACAUAAAUAAGGUGAUGAUUUAUGCAGUAUGGAGCAAAUUUAUGUACAUUAUUCUGCCGCCCAUUUUUGCUUUCGUGCAAAUCCUAGUUUGCGACACCCAAUUUGUCAACCUCAAGAAGAGGUUGCAAAGUCUGGAACUGCAAUGCCGCACCAGAAUUGUUUCCUGCAAAAAUGUCGAAACAGCUCUACGACCACUCCGUUUUUUCAAAUAUUUUCUUGUGGUCUUCAUGCAUCUGAUCAUAGGCUUCUGGGAAUCUCAGUUAUUUGAAAAGUGGUUGCUGCUCCCCAUAUUCUAUGUGAAUAUAAUGUCCUUGUCGAGUUUUUGGCUGCUCCAAUAUUUUGAAGUGAUUGCAAAAAUAUGCCGUCUUUUCUAUUACCUCGACAAACAUAUUCGGCAAUUGACUCAAAACCUUACAAAUGUCUCUGAUGACAUAGAUGAUAACAUGGAAUAUCGCAUGUGUUCGGAAGUAAUCUGGAUAAGGCAAAGGCAUUUUGAAUUAUGUCGCCUUUGGCAAGAACUUGAGGCAAUGUGCAAUUGGCAGCUAUUCCUUAAACGCCUAGUAAAUCUCGUUUCAUGCGGAACGCACUUUUAUGCUACAAUGGUGGAAACCCGACAAUUGGGCUUAUUCAAUGCAUUGUUUUACGAUGUUGCCGAUUAUGGGCCAAAAGUAUUGGAUUUUUUUGUUACCGAUUAUUUGUGUGAACUUACCAAAAACACCUUCAGCGAGCUGGAACUAAAUAUAAGGGAUUUGAAUAUGGUGAAUCCUGCCCUAAAAAAGCUGAGUCGAGAAUGUGAAGACUUUUCGUUAUAUUUGCGCUGCCGCCAAUUGAUUUCAUUUAAUUCCAAUUUUGUGAGCCUGAAUCGCAGAACCUGGUUUGGCAUGAUGGCUGCCGUUGUAACUCUAUCGAUUUACUUAAUUCAGUCACAUUUUAUUGUAGCUUAAGGCACUCGUAUAAAAAGAAAGGAACAACAAGUAAAUGCGUGCUAUGAACGGCCUGGCCGAAUCAAAUA